CCGGCAGGGCUGUGAGAGGCGCCUCCUCUCUCCUUUUUAUACAUGAGCCGCCGGCCGCCGCCGCCGGAGUCGCCGCCGCCACUCGCCCCCGCCGCACUGGAUUUACCGCCCGACGCGGCCCCGCGCCCCGGCCCCAUGCGGGGCACCGGCAUCAGCGGCUAGAAGGGGACCUGGAUGGCCGUGGCUGAAGGCGGCUGGUGCGCGGUGAAGCGGUGCGCUGCGGACGCCGGCGGUUCCUCCUGUCCCUUCGCGACCAGGGAGCCGCGCCCGUCUCCUCCUUCGCCUUCCUCGUCCUCCGGCUCCCAGGGUGAACGCGGAUCCUCCAAGACCCCUCGGCCGGAGACCGACGGCAGCCACCGACCGGCCCCGCCGCCGCCCCCCGCCGCCGAGGGCAGGUCGCUGCUCGCCCCCUACGUGCACUUCGGGACCCCCCACCCCUCCGGCCGUCCCAGCUGGGAGGACAUCCUGCUCUUCGCGGACUUAGACCAAACCAACAAGCUGAUCUGGUCCAGCCGCGGCCCCAAGCUGAGCGCCCUCGGCGCCGAGCAGCCCGAGGAGAUGUACCAGACCCUCGCCAUCUCGGCCGCCCAGGGCCCCACGCCUUACGACGGAUCUCCGGGCGGCUUCAUGCACUCCACGCCCAGCUCGCCCGUCUACGUGCCCACGACCCGCGUGGGCUCCAUGCUGCCCACGCUGCCGUACCUGCAGGGCAGCGGGGCGGCCCAGCCCAGCCACCCGGGCGGCGGCCACGCCGUCUGGUCCCAGCCGGCCGCGGAAAGCCCCUCGUACAGCAGCGGCGGCGGCUCCCACCCCUCGGGCCGCUUCCCCUAUUCCCCAAGCCCGCCGGUGGCCAACGGGGCCUCCCGGGAGCCCGGCGCCUACAGCAACAGCCUGGGCGCCAGGGACCAGUACAGCCCCCUGGCCCGGCCGCUCAAUGGCUCCUACCCGGGGCCUUACACGUCCUACGUGGGGCCGCAGCUCGCCCCUGCCUGGCCCACGGCGCCCUUCGAGAACUCCAUGCUGCACUGCCUCCAGGGCCGGGCCGCCCCCAUCCCCGUGCGGGCACCCAGCGCAGAGCUGCUGGAGGACCUGUCCGAGAGCCGGGAGUGCGUCAACUGCGGCUCCAUCCAGACCCCGCUGUGGAGGAGGGACGGCACCGGCAACUACCUGUGCAACGCCUGCGGGCUCUACACCAAAAUGAACGGCCUCAGCCGGCCCCUCAUCAAGCCCCAAAAGAGAGUGCCUUCGUCGCGGCGGAUGGGCUUGUCCUGUGCCAACUGCCACACCACGACCACCACCCUGUGGCGCAGGAACGCCGAGGGCGAGCCCGUCUGCAACGCCUGCGGCCUCUACAUGAAGCUCCAUGGGGUUCCUCGGCCUCUUGCUAUGAAAAAAGAAGGAAUUCAGACGAGGAAGCGAAAACCUAAGAAUAUAAAUAAAUCAAAGGCAUGCUCCGGUAACAGUACUACUGCAGUUCCUAUGACUCCGACAUCCACGUCUUCUACUAACUCAGAUGACUGUAGCAAAACUGCUUCUCCCGGCGCACAGACUGCAGCCUCUGGGGCGAGCUCGUCGGUGAUGUCUGGCCCAGGAGAGAGCACCAGUCCUGAGAGCAGCAACCUUAAGUAUUCAGGUCAAGAUGGGCUGUACACAGGAGUCAGCCUGAGCUCCACGGCCGAAGUGACAGCAUCCGUGAGACAGGAUCCCUGGUGUGCCCUGGCUCUGGCGUGACCUGGUGUGAGGGAAGCUGGAUCCUGGCAGCCCCCAGACAUCUGCGCAGUUUCCUGUGUGGAGCGGUCGCAGCGGCAGUGAGAGUGCUGGCAGAGACCAUUCCUCUGAAACAGUUUUUGAGCCUUGGUGGCAGAGGUGUUUUUCUACUUCUGAAAGAGGCUUUGCCAAAGCAUCCAGUUCCUCAUCUAUGCAAGAAAAAUGUAGGGAAAGCAAAUGACCACCGGGGAUAGCUAAUGCAGCCUUACACUCUCAAAAAAACCCUUCAAAACCCCCCUAAAAAAAAAAACUCAAAAAAAAUACAAAAAAAAAAAAAAAAGGAAAAGAAAAAACAGCAACAAAAAAGAAGAGAUAAACCCACACCUAUUGAUAGAUUCCAGAAAUACAUCCUCAACUUACCCAACAGUGCUGCCUUUCUGAUUAUAUAGUUGUUUUCACUCUCUCAUCACCCUUUUCCCUAAGAAUUUGGUGGAAGUUGUCAGUGUCGGGGAGGGAGUAGCAAAGACUUUAAUUGCCAGAGAUAGUGAGAUACUUUUCAAUGAGUGUCAGAAAUGCUUACAGCUUGAGUUGACGCAGACUUCUCGCACCGAAGAUUCGAUGUCUUCACCCCGUCAGACCUCUCCUUCUGUGCUCUCCAUCUUCAGCGUGCCUUGCUCUGCUGUUCAGAGCCCAGCUAUGUCCCUGGAAGAAAUCACAAUGUUUGGUACAAGUCCCACAAGGUCCAGCUGGUUAAGGAGAUUUUGGGAUUGGUGUUUUUUGGUGUAAAAUAUUUACUCACUUUUCAAGACUGCGAUAUAACUUCUAAAGUACACUGUGACUGAGAUUUUGAAAGUCCACAUUUCCUGGCUGAACUGUGUAGAGUCAGUCAAAAUUUGUAAACAGGGUAGCAAUCAGAUAUUUUUCUUCCAUAUAUACAAUAAUUUUUUUAAAGAAGUGCAAUUUGCGUUGCAGCAAUCAGUGUUAAAUCAUUUGCAUAAGAUUUAACAACGGUUUUUAUACGAAUGAAUGAAUGUAAACAUUUUAACUUAAUGGUACGUAAAUAAUUUAAAAGAAAAACUUAACUAGGCAUCCUUAGGCUUUUUAGCGCAACAAAAAUGCAUCCACUUUCUGUAUCUCCAGUUGUUAAAGCAAGAGUUUCAAAGAACAAGCCUUCUCUCAGGAAAAUUGCCCUAGCCAUUUGCUCCAAAGUGUUGUACAAAAAUGCAAAUGCAUCCCCAAAGGGUUUUUUUGCCAUUGAGUAAGUGUGUGGUGGAAAGAAACAAAUUGCAAUGAAACUUUACUACCUAACUGAUACAUAUGUAAAUACUACAGAAGAUAUCUAGGCAUCUCAAAAAUGUAGGAUGCAAUCUGUAUAGUGUGACUGAUGCAUAGUUAGGUCAGUUUUCAUUGGUUUUUAAGCGGGACGUCAUUUGGAAAGUUGUUUCAUCAGAGCUUUACAAAUAAAAGGGUAUCAUUUUAGAUUUUUUUUUUCUGUACAGUGUGCCUUUUCCUUUGUCUCCAGCACAAUUGUUAAGCUGCAUUAAAAGCAAUGGAAAUGUACUUGGUACAGGUGGCACGUCUGAUGGCUGCAAGGAAGGUCUCCAGCUGAGGUGCCUGCUCUGCCUACCUAAGUCUGCGCUGUGUGAUUUUUCUGCAAUUCCCUUUACUACAGCUUCUGAUGAUCUGUAAAACUAAGGCUUCCACCUACCAACACAGGCUCCUCAUGGGCACACGUGAGGUUUUUGUGAUGAAAUUCUGGGGAACUGAGCCCAUGCCCUGUGAGGACUAUCAUUUUUUUGCUUGCCCGUCACACCGUAGCUAAAGGGUGUGACCCAGGUUCCCUGAGUAGGCAAAUAUCAGAAUGUUACCCACUACAGAUGUAACUGCUGAAUGGCAGAGGCUUUGAGUGCUUUGCUGGCAUCCUCCUGUGGCCAAAGUUGAAGGGCAGAAAAAACUAAAGGCACUGCUGCUGAAAAAAGAAGACAGUGAAUUUUAGCUACCUGGGGAAGUAGAAAACCUUUCAGUGGCUCUGAGGACUGGUUCUCUUAAUUUCUUAUUUCUUUGGGGCCAGAGUAAUUGCCAGGUGAUUUCCAGCUAUGGCAGCAGUGCUCUUGGAGUGGGAAUGACCAACCUCCAUAGCCAUGGAGUGGCUGUCCCUUUGUCUCUCUAUGCCAGCCCUUCUUUUGGGGUGAUUUAGGAUAGCUCUUUGGCCUCCAGUGAAGCUAUGCUUACGUGCACCAGCCAAGAAUCUGCCUCUUGGUUUUCCAAACCUGACAGUUGGGGCCACCUCCUUAUGCCUGAGGUGUUGUGAGGACCAUGGGAUGAAUGCUGCAGCACAGCCUCGGGAGGAAAACUGAUCCUAGCAAAAGGGAUCAGGCUGAGCCUUGCCUGGGGUUUGAGCUGCUGUGCUUAGCCAGGAGUGGGGAUCUCUUGCCUUUCUUGGUGGGGUUGUCAUGCCAUGCUCACUGCUGGGUCACCUCACGUCCUGGCUACCUGUGGGUUCAUGUAGCCACGUGCCCCAGCCCUGCUAGCCCUGGGGCCAUGUGGGUUUGGAUCUGGUGAUUUACAGAAAUAAAUACCUAUCUAAGUCCAAAUUGAGCCAUGCAGAGAAACACUGGGCUUAAAAAACAAAAAGUGUGAACAAGAAGGUGGAUAUCUUUCCUCUGGAAGCAUCUACUGGCUAAAAUGCCCCUUAUUUGUGAUUUAAAAGUGUUGACACAACUGGAUAAAAAAGCUGUUGCUAACUGGCGUUGCAGUGUUCAGCCUUAGCUAGGGUCAGCAUCCUUUCUUGCUUCCCUUUUUCUUUUCCAUUUCUCUUGCCGGGGUGAUGUUCAGUGUGCCAUUCUGAAGAGCUUAGCACAUAACCCGUACCUGCUGGGCGUGUCAGAGCUGCAUUGCUCAGAGUUGCCAUAGAACAGGAGGUUUAGACCAGCGUGUUCCAGUGUCAGGCUGCUGACCCAGCAGAAAGUGUUAUCUGGCUGCUGAUGCUCUUGCUGGUGGCCUGUGGACGCCACGUUGCCUUGAAACCCUGCGGCACCUGUUUAAGAGGGCUCCUAGGAGGCCCUGCUCCCUUCUCAGCACCACCUUAGCCCAGGGUCUAUCAUUGGGUGGUUCCUGCCGAUAGUAAGUCUUGCAGGGGGGAUAUAAAGAUGCCUUUUAAAAAAGCCUUCCUCUUGGAUCUGAGAAUGAAAAUGCUCUUUUAGGUGAUAUGAGGGAAAAAAAAAAACCACCUAGAAACCCCUAAUAUUUCAUAGGGAAGGUGUUUCCAAUUACUUCUUAUCAGAAAAAAAAAAAAA